UCAUUUCAUGAUAAAAACAAAUAUAGUUAAAUUAGUAUUACAUAUUUUUUACAAUUUUGUAAAUUUAUUAUAUAUUACGAUUAGAUGUAAAAUAAUUACUGUAUUUUAAAUAAAUAUGGCUCGACCGGCUGCUCAACCUGCUGAAGUACUUCGAGCGUGGCAGAAGGAUGAUCUAUAUGAAAAACAAUUAGCGGAGUCAUUAUCAAAACUUAUGCCUGCACAGCAUGCUCAUAAAGCUGCACCAUUGUCGUCGGUAUUGUACAGGUCAUUCACUACCCUCAAGGAUCUACAAACAUUGGGAGAAGAGUAUUCCGGCAUAAUUCAAGUCGACGAAAGUUAUAACAAACUGCCUACGUUCUGCGCUCGACUAAUGAGCAUACUCUUAUCUGCUUUUGGCGAAACAUUUACAAGACAACUUAUUCGUAACGCUGAGAAGAGUGUCGAGCGAAAUGGAUCCUUACAACCUGCCGCACAGAAUGCUUUUUUAGUAGUUUUAAAAGCAGUAAAUACAAUGGUUCCACAAAUACAAAGUAUAAAUAGAGCAUUAUGUUAUAUCAGAGGAGGUCCUAUUCAAGUAGGAAAGACAAUGACUGGCAUAGAUUAUGUUCAUAUAAGGCCUGCUGCGGCGGCUUCUUACGCCCACUUGCGAUUAUUAGGCUUUAUAACGUUAUUGCAUGCAUUUAUAUCAUGUGCACAGAGUGUAUACCAAGCUAAGAAAUAUAUGGAUCAGUUAAGUGAAAUACCAAAUGAGGUGGACAGUAGUAAGUCGUGUGUGGCCUGUUUGGAGGAGAUUCUGCAGCCCUGUGUCUUGCCUUGUGGUCAUAUAUUUUGUUUCCAGUGUUGUUAUGGAGCAUUAGAGACCUGUGCAUUAUGCCGAUCAACAUUCACAAAGAACACUGUUGUGCCACUGAUGAAUUAUUAUCCUGGUAAUUAGUAAAAUAGUAAUAAUCAGCAAGAAAUAUGAGUGGUUUGCAUGAUAUAAAAUAAUAGUUGCGAUUGUAACUUGAACUCUAAAUAUAGUAAAUUAUAGAGAUGUAAUUCACAUAGGAUGGGAGUGGUAGUUAUAAUGUUCUGUGCGUUAGAAGUAAUAAAAUUGUUCCACUAAAGAUAAUGUAGGUCUUUCCAUCCCAAAAAAUAUGUCCAGUAAACUCCAGUGUUACUAUUUUUAUUUACAUUCAUUUUAAUAUUUGACCUGGCAAACAUUGUUCUUAUAAAUUAUAACCUACCA